AUGCCUGGAUGGGUAACAGCAUCACAGGACGCGGGAACGGGAGCGGGGGGCUCGCAUACCCCCGCGGCCGUUGGCGGACAGGCGGCGGGGGCGAGUGUGACUGGUACUAGUGGAAAUACCUCCGGUGCUCUGAAUGGGGGUAACAGGAGUGGAGGACAGCCGCAGGCGCAGGCACAGGCAAGACAAGGCCAAGGGAAGGGACAGGCGCAGAUGGGACAAGGUAUGAUGGGAGGCAGUGGAGGUCAGACUAGAGCCCCCUCAUCCCGCAAAGGCUCCGGCCCACCUUCCCAAUCCCCACAGCCCAACUCCGCCUCGGCAGGCCUCACCUCCAACGCGCAAGUAGCGCCUCGUCGAAGUCCAAAUCCCAUGCCAACUCAGCCAAGCAUCAUGGCGCCCCCUACCGCUCAGACCGACUUCGGGACGGCCCUCACCUCUCCCACCAACUCGACCCAUUCUCAAAGCAUGCCCGCCCCCAACUUCCCCUCUCUGACGCAAGGUCGAAUGCAGCGAUUCAUCGAUGGCAUCCCCGAAGACCAAAUUAUAACUUCCUCAGCGCUGGCUAUGGCCUGCGCGCCGACGCCUAUGCCGGAACGACAAUCCUCACCAGUUGACGAGGCCUCGGCGGAGGACGCACUCUUCGCUGCACCAGGAAAUACGGUAGGAAGUAAUUUUCCUUUAGGAACUAUCAACCAGGCGGGCCGGCAGGCCACGCCCCAAGAGAUGAUCUCGAGCAUCGCCCGACCGGACUCGGCGCAUACCGCCUCGGGCUCGGGUGGCGGCAGCGGCGGCAUUAACGGGAAUGGAGGCGGGAUGGACCCUCCUGGAUCGACCGAGACGCAGUACUAUGGGCGUAUGCUCAGUCCCUCGCCCGAGCCAGAGACAGCCGGGGCAUUGGCUGCAGCUGCGGCGGCGGCUGAGGCGGCGGCGGCAGCGGCAGCUCGACCAUCAGCUACACCACCCGUACCCCAGAACAACACGGUCGGUACGUGGGACUACCCUUACACGUCGGGACAGUCGGCUCAGCCGAACGAAACGGUCGAAUUCGGUUUCGUUCCCGGCGGAACGGCCAAUCCUACACCUCCCCCUUCAGCGCCACCGCAAUCGACUGCGGCAGCGGCGGGGCCAUCGGCGUCGCCACAGCUGCAAGGCGCGAUACAGCGAUUCCAGCUGAAUCAGCAGACCGUGCAGCGUCUCCACUCACUGCCGCUGGAACAGCGGAUACAGUACGCGGCUGCAAUGCAGGGCGGCGGCCAGCUCAAUCCUGGGAACGCGAGUCAGGCCAACGGAUCGGUCCGGCAGCAUCAGCCGCCUGCCAACCUGGCCGCGGCAGCUUCGGCUGGAAUGUCCAGUCAGGCGGAUCUGCAGCUGUAUUUGGAGCAGCAGCUGCAGGCGGGCGCGGCCGCGAAUCAGGUCCAGCAGCAGCAAGCGGUCCAGCAGCAGCGACAGCAGCAGGCGGCUAUCCAGCGGCAGCGGCAGAAUGAGCAACACUUCCAGGCUCAGCAGGCGCAGCAUCAACAACCGCAGUCGCAGCCUGGCCCAUCGCAGUACGCCAUGCCUCAACAGCAGUCGCAGCCACAACCACAGGUACCGCCGCCCCCGCCUCCGGCAGGAACAUUUUACGGUCCAGGCGGCGCCACUUUUGCCAUUCCGGACGUGCCCUUUGAUCCUCGUUACGCGGCGCAGCAGCAACAGCAGCAACAGCAGCAGCAGCAGCAGCAACAGCAGCAGCAGCAGCAGCAGCAACAACAUCAACCACCUUCGGUAAUGGCGGCGGCGCAGCCUCGGCGAUCUUCCGGCCCAUCCGCUGCUCAGAACAAUCAACAGCAACCCCGGGCGCUACCGCCGGCACUGCAUCUCCCACUCUCAGGACCGCAAUAUCAACAACAGCCGGGGCGGAUUCGCCAACCACCGCCGCAUGGGGUUCCUGCCAACGGGCCGAAUUUAGCUCAGGCUCAGGCUCAGGCCCAGGCGCCAGCUCUGGCCAACCAGAUGCAACCAUCAGCAUCGGGCAUACGGCAGAACCAUGACCACGCGAGCAUGACGCCGAUCUCGCCAAUGGGAUCGGGUCCGAUGCCGGCGCAGGGGGUUCCGUCCCCAUUCAGUCAAUUCUACAAUGAGAAUGCAGCCAUCCUCAAUGUCCUGUCGAAUAACCUGACGGUUGCUUGGAAUGAGCAGUUUCGCUCGUCGGAGCGGAUGGUUCGGCAAGCAGGCGCAUUCUGCAACGACCAGGCAACAGCUAUCGCGGCGGAGCAGCUCAAGGUCAAGCAGCUCGAGGAGCAGAUGGAACGCGGUAGACAAAGACACGGUGCCUUGGUGAAAGAAUAUGUAGCGCAGAAAAGCGUAUUGAAGGAGCUGAGAGAGGUAAAGGAGCGGGGCGAUCAAACCAUCGCCUCGGCCCAUACGUCGGUCACGCAAUUGACAAGGGAGAAAGAAACGGCGGAACAGAAGUUGACUGUGCUACGAGCGGAACUGGGGAAAACGUCGGAAGCUCUCAAGCAUUCGGAACAGCUUCGGACGGAGGAUAUCGAGAAACACGCCGCCCUUACCGCAAGCGCGGUCACGCACGAUCUCGACUAUGCGGCCGUCGCAUCGGAACGGGACAAUGCCAACCAAUCGGCUAAGCAGGCGGCAGACGAACUCGAAGCGGAGCGCCAGACCUUGGCCGAUCUAAAGACCGAGGUUGAGCGGCUCCGGGCGGCCAAGGUGGCCGGCGAGGGGCUCAUAAAGCGUCAAGCUAUUAUCCAGCAGUCCGCGAGCCUGGUACGGCGGUACCUCAACAUCAGUGAUACGAACGCCACGGCCGAUGUUUUCUUCAAGCAGGUGCUCGCUGCGAUCGAGCAGAAGCAGGCGGAGACCGAUCAGUUGAAGCUGGACGUCGGGGAUGGGCUGCGGAAAGUGACCGAGCUGGAGAAGCGGGUGGCAAAGUACAAGGAGGACGAGGAGAUACAGGCGAACGGGGCGAAAAAGACCAUGGCGGAUCUUGGGCGGACAAAGAAGUGGUUGGAGACGGUGACGGCCGAGAGGGAUGCGUUGCGGAAGGACAAGAAAGAGCUGGAGGGAAAGCUCAAGCUGGAGCAGAAGCAACUCGCCGACGGGAAAGGCAUGCUCGAGAAGCUCAAGGGGGAGAAGGGGAGAAUGGGGUCGGAGGAGAUGCAGCGCGAGCUGGACAGCAAGACGGAGCGGGUGGGGAAGGUAGAGAGGGAGCUGUUGAAGAAGCAGGAGAAGGUGGCGGAACUGGAAUCGGCGGUCAGUUCUGUGAGAACUCAGCUGGAGACUGCGCUGGACCAGAAGGAGGCGGCGGAGCAAAAGUUGGCGGAUGCCAACUCGAUGGCCGACACCCGGAAACGGACCAACGAGCUCGCGAUCCAAAAGCUCGAAGAUCGGAUCUCGGAACUUUCGGACACGGAGGACACGGGCGCCCUCCAGACUGCGGUGGAAGGGAAGGAGGCGACGAUCAAGAUCCUUCGCAAGGACGUCAAGAAGCUUCAGAAGGAGGUCGACACCAACUCGGCGCUUCUCGCUGCGUCCAACAAGGAGCGAGAUAGUAUUCGAAAGAGCAAUGAGGAGGCGCAGGGCAAGGUGGAGAAGCUCGAAGCAAAGAUCAAGAGGAGGGACGAGCGGAUCGAGAAGCUGGAAGAGCAGCGGGACGAGGCGGAUGUGGUGGACACCACGACGAUACCUGUUUCUCGUGAGGGGUGGGAGAAGGAACGAGCGGGGCUCGUCAAGGAGGUGGAGGAGCUGAAGGGGAAGCUGGACUAUAUCACCAAGGCGGCGGAUAGACGCAAGAACACGAUUGGGGCGCUCAACAAGGAGCGGGGCGAUCAUGUCUUACAGAUCAAGAAGUUGGAGGAUGAUGUCGCGCGGUUGAGCGCGCACAAGGGCGGUAGCGGCAGCAGUGCACAUGGUGGGGAGGUGUCAACCGUGUCGAAGGAGUAUCUCGCGUCGAGGCGGCGGUCGACACGGAGCGACAAGGAGGACGGGAAGAUAUCGGAAUACUCGAGGGUGGGGCGCUCGAUCAGCCUGUACCCCAGGAGCGAGAAGGAGGAGGGGGAGGUUUCGACGAUCGGCGGACGGUCCGUCGAGCCAGAAGAGGCGGUAGAGGAGGUUGAAGCCGGAGCGGACGACGUGGAUAUGGACAUUGUGACGGUGACGGAGGCUGGGGACGUGGAUCCCGACGAGUCGCCCAGUAUACGCCCCGCGGUCCUUCCUCAGCAGUCGCCAGUCCAGGCUCGUCCGGACGCUUACGUCCCUCGUGAUCGACCAGUCGGCGGAUCAGCCCCGGGCCCGGGUCCUCCGUCUAAGCCGGUGUUCAACAACUACCAACCUCGGAAUCCUCCAGGCGGUGGUCAGACCGGGUCGGCAAGCGGAGGGGCAGUGAACGCUCCGCGGCCUGGGAUGGACCGUAAUGGGUCAAGCUCCGGCUCCGGGUAUGGGAGACCUGGACCAGGCGGCGGGAUGGGCGCUGCUUCGCUGGAGAUGAGCCAUUCGGAGUCGGCGGAAUCGGCAGGGCGUGGGACUACCCCUCGAGGCCGCCCGAUAAAGCAGAUGAAACCAAGACCGGCAGCUCCAGCGGCGGGCGCUGGGCAGCCAAAGGAGAGCUUCUUGGAACUCGCACUGGCCCGGGCGAGGGGUGCUCCUUUUAAAAAGCCCGGAUCAUCGCUCAGUACCCCCAAUACCCCUAAUGCGGGUGGCUCUGCGUCGACGUUAGCGCCGAACUCCAGUCAGGGCCCCAAUGGCUCAGGCGGGACAGCCGGGGCAGCCGGGGCAGGAGCCAGCAACGUCACGCCCAAACAACUUGCAUAUGUCCCUCGGAAGAAGGCGGUGGAUGGGGUCAGAAAGUCGGCGUUGGGUCCACCUGCGCCGUCCGUUCCUGUAGUGGAACCGGCAUCAGGCGAGGACGACGAUGUCAUCUUUACGGGAGAAAACUCCACUUCAGUCUCGCGGGAUUCUAUCAAGCGCAAUACUUGCAAUCCUCAGCCGGGCGGUUCCUCCAUGCGACCUCCUCCAACAGUUGGCAUCAGCGGCAAUGGAGAUAGUGUCAAGCGGAAAAAGCGCAACCCCGAUAGUCCCGAGCAGGGACGUGCGGAUAGUCCCUCCACCAGCAGCUUGGGGGGACGGGAGAAGAUGGUCAAGCGGCGCAAGAGGACGAUCAUAAGCGAAGAGCCCGAUAUGGUUGCUGAAGGGCUUGUCAUUGUCGCUACACCCGAAUCCGCCUCCGCGUCUUCAUUGAACGCACUCGGUCCCUCCCGGCAUUUGAAGCGAGGAAGCACCGCCGCCUUCUCCGAUUCUGGGACCUCCGUGGGGACUGCGUCGACGGCGACCAAGGAGUCCCGCGAACAGCGGGCCCUGGCGGUGCAGCAUGGCCCGCCGAUCACUCGGGAGUGGGUGUCGCAGCCGCAUCGACUCCGGAAUAUGAUUGUGGGCGCGCGAGAUGGGAUACAUACCAUCUGCAAGCUGUGCAUAGCUGAACUGCCUCCGCUGGAAAGACGGAAGGAGAUGAAUGCGGAGGAUCGACAACCGCUCGUCGAGACGGAUCACGAGGAGAUUAUCGAUCAUCUCAUGACGCAUCCGGAAACGCUGAAGAAGUUCAAGGUUAACAGGAUUAGGCAGGCGAAGGAAGAUGAGGAAGCGGGUUGA